UUACAGCGCACGCGCCGGACUUCCGGGGGAAACUGCUGGCGAGCGCAUGGUCUAAGUUCUGUUGUCGCCCCCCACCCUUUUCCCUCGCGCGUUGGUUCCUCUUGGCUCGCUAUGGUGGGGAAAAUAGCAAGGCGGAGGAGGCUCCACCAGCCCGCGCCGAAGCCGACAGAGCCGCAGCAGAGUGGGGGUGAGGCGGUACUUUCGGCGGCUGUGCUGACCUUCAGCGCUAACACCGGAAAGGGCAACGGAGUUCUGACAUCGGACAUUUUUUCUGGGGUGAAUAUUGUUCCAAAAAUUCUGGUGAAGAAGUUGGACACUGAUUCAAGGAAUUUUUUUUCAGUCAUAAAAGAUGAAGAUGAAAAAGUAAUGUCUAAAAAAGAAAAAAUGAAGAUGCGGAAGGACAGAUGGCUGCAAAAAAUUGAGAGCAUUAAGUUGGCAAAGCUGCAGCAAAAAGCAGAGGCAAAGCGGAAAGCUACUCCAGUUGUUGGAGAUAUGCAUUCAUUGAUGGAUGCUCUGCCGGAGCUUUCAGAUCUGGUGACAGUAAGCAAGUUCUCCAAACAGCGUAAUAAAAUGCAGAAAAAGAAGAAAGUGUUGACAAAUUUCAACCAGAUGAAAUCAGCCCAGAAAUGCAAAGUCUUGGAAGAGGAAGUGGCACAGUUUCACAAGACUAUAUCAAACCCUUUAUUCAGAGCCAACCCUCUGUCAAUCAUUAGUGAACAUCUUUCCAAAAGAUUAAAACAGGAGAAAGAGGAAGAACCACUUUAAUACCAUGACUGAGGAUGUUUAAAAACUCCAGCAACUGACUCCACCAUGGUUUUAUCUGUACAGUAGAUUAACGUAACUUUCAGAAACUAGAGGAAGAGAACCAGUAUCUUUGUUUGCUGAGCAUAGAAAAUAAGGUGACCAACAUCAAUUUGUACACUUUGAGUACUAGUUACAAUUCUGGAUUGUUUUGUUGGAAACUUGUGGAACUCUGUAGAUGUAAGACUGUUCUAAUUUCCCAAAUUUAUCCUAAUUAUACUUCAGGUCUUUUUGUUUCCCUCUCUGUGAAGUAAUGUCUAAACUACCAACUUUCUACUUUUGAGUAAUGUAAACUUUUCUGUUUCUUCUUUCUGUGAGCAGUUAAAUAGCUGCCUUUACAGAAUUGUUUUGGUAAAUGCAGCAUUGUAAUUAAUAAAAUACCUAGAGCUUUGCUUCUCUUUGAAAAUA